GUAGCAGCUGUUUUGUUAUUUGUAAAUAAAUUUUAAAAAUGUCUGAACAACAAAAUUGUAUUUUCUGUGAUAUAGUAUCAGGCAAAACAAACACUGUCCUCGAGGCGGAGACGGACGAGUGUGCAAUAUUCAAGGACAUAAGGCCAGCAGCCAAGCAUCAUUAUCUAAUUGUACCGCGGCAACACUAUGACAGUCUAAAGGUUCUUGAUAAAUCGCACGAAAAUAUGGUGUGCUGCAUGGAGGAGGACCUAAAGAACUUUUUUAAAUCAAAAGGCAUAUGCACAAAGGAUGCGUUAUUUGGUUUCCAUUAUCCUCCGUUUAUAUCUGUAAAGCAUCUGCAUAUGCACGGGAUUGCACCGCGUUCAGAGAUGGGUUUUAUAUCCCGUAUGGUGUUCAAGCCAGCUUCACUUUGGUUUAAAUCGGCUGGCGCUGCAAGGGAAUAUUUGAAUCAAAAGUAACAGCGCCAACAAACAAGCUGCCAUACAAUUUACCAAAAAUUCACAAUUUAAGUUAAUAAUACAGACUCGGAUUGGAGUCAGUCAUUUGUUGCAAUAUUUUACGCAUUAGUACAAAACGCAAACAACUAUAAAUGA